AUGGUCAAUCCCUUUUCUUUUGUUCAACGCGGCUUGAACAUCCUGCUGCCUUUCGCGACACCUGGCACACCCUUAUAUCAAGAUCUACUGCAUCUCGCUGCAUUAUGUACAGCGUUGUACUAUGCGCCUCAGAUUCAGGCCUAUAUCCAGGAACAACGAUCACAAACGCACAAUCAUACAGAUGGUCAAUCUGAACAACACGUUCCCCAUGAUGAACCUCGAGCUCUGGAGCCGGGACAGCAACAAGCAGUACCUCCACCACAACCCUUUAUCGAAGACGCCGAAGAGGACGAGCAAGAGCAACCGGAUGCUCCUUUCAACGAUUUCGCCGGGCCUGCAGGUCCGCCUCAAGAUGAUGACGAUGGAGAGCCUGGUCCCGUGAACCCGCGUCCUCAAGCACCACCAGGCAGUAACAACAAUCGCACAGUCGGUGCCAAGAAGGCAAAGUCUUUGCAACGUCGUGAUCAACGCCGCGCUUACCACGAGUUCAUGCGCUCGCAGGGAGAAGCGCAACGUGCGAGAGAUGCCGAGGGAGCAGAGGAACGUGAAGCACAGCUCGCAGCCGAGAGGGCUAGACGUGCAGCAAAAGAGGCAGAGGUGGAGGUCAAGCGAGCGAAGGAGAGGGAAGAGAAGAGACUAAGAGAAGAGAAGGCGAGAGAGGAAGAGAUGCAGAGACGAGAAAGAGCUGUGCGACUUGUGAGGGAACAGCUCGAAACCAAACGAAUCGUUGAUCUCGAGGAGGUAGCAAGACGAAUCGGUGGUAACGUCGGUCGCGAAUGGGUCGAGGGAUUGGUCAGAGCCUCGGGAUUGCUUGCCGAAAGUCAGGGACAAUAUCACACAAUGAUCACGGCAAAUGGAUGGGUGGUCAGGGUCGAAAGAGAGGACAUGGAGGCUCUGUACAGCGAUGCUGUGGCAACUGCGGACGAAGAUGGCACAGUGUCAUAUUCCGAGCUUGGCGGACGACUGGAGAGCAUCUUGGAGAAAGGUCUUGCUGCUAGAUAA